AAAAGAAACGCGCAGACAUUUGCACUCCAUACAUUUUCAUAUAUUUGUCAUUGUGUGGUGGGGCUAAAAAUAAAAAGAAAUUAUUUUGUCUACAAUUUUCGACGAUUUGGAUAAAAAGAGAAAACAUCGUAAUAAAAAUGUCCGACGUUAAAAUCGUUGCAGCAAGCAUAGUAAAUUUCUUGAAAAAACAACUUGAAAGUGACACCCUCAGUGUAGACUCGCGUGAAAGCGUUGAGGUUGGCAUUCAAUGUAUCGAAACAGCAUUUGAAUUGGGACCAGAAGAUGUAACUAAAGGUCUAGAUUUGGAGCAAUUAGUAAGACAACAACGUGGCCGCACCGAACAAACUCCAGAUUGCGCGGAGGCCGAAAAAUUGAAGAACGAAGGAAAUGAGUUAAUGAAAGCUGAACGCCACCGGGAAGCGCUUGAAAAGUAUACACGCGCUAUCGAAUUGGUCCCAACUAACGCUGUGUAUUUUUGCAACAGAGCCGCCGCACAUUUCAAGCUCGGCGAGCAUGAGGCCGCUAUCGCAGACUGCACAGCCGCGUUAGCUUUACAGCCAGACUAUGGCAAGGCACAUGGAAGGCUUGGACUGGCACUUACGGCAUUGGACAGACACCGUGAAGCACGAGCGGCUUACGCUAGAGCUGUGCAACUAGAGCCUGACAAUGAGUCUUACAAGCAAAACCUACGUCUCACAGAUGAACGGCUGGCACAACAUGGAGAGCCAGGACCUUUAGAUCUAGGUGGCCUACUACAUAAUCCUGCAUUGUUAAAUAUGGCAACAGAGAUGCUUGCUGAUCCCAAUAUGCAAAACUUAAUCUCUGGUCUAAUGAGUAACACAUCGGCAAACACUGGCAAUGGCGCUGGUGCUGGGGGUAUGAGUGCACUGCUAGAAGCUGGGCAGGCUCUAGCUCAGCACAUGCAAGCUGCCAAUCCUGAUUUGGUGGAACAAUUGCGAAGGCAAAUACGUCCUCCUGGCCCAGGUGGCAACAAUGCACCACAAUAGUAGCGUGGUGUGCCGGUUGCCACAAUAAUAGCAUAGGGUGCCGGUUGCCACAUGUCCCAUUAUAGUUCUUUACAUCAAAAUAUUUAUUACAGGGUGCAUUAUUUCCUUGUAGCAUUGACAAUGUGUCCAUCCCAUAAAUAAUCUAAGAUAUAAAGUAUUAUUAUAACCCAUUUUUGCAUUUGGAAUUUAUUUUGCUUUUUCUUUACUAUGUUUAGGUUCAAAUAUUUCUUUACAUUUUCUUUGUAAUUACUUUCAUCAUUAUCACUGAUUUUAAAAAACCAUAACCAAAGCAUGGCGAACUGGCAAAUUUCUUUGAAUAGCAAAAAAUAGUGUAAAAGGGAAUCAAUUUAGUAUGGUCUGUUCUUAUUAUAUCAAUAGCUUACUCUGUACUGCUUGCAUAGUAUGGUCUAUGCUAGGUAUGGACUUUCUCAGUUUUUCUAUAUUAGUCAAGUUCCUAAAAAUUUAUGUGGUGUCUCAUCUCUCACGUUUUUGUUAUUAUAUAGGGACUAGUAAUGUUAAAAUAUUGCAAAGUCUAAAAAUUUAAAUUUAACUACAAAUGUUGUUGUCUACAUGAUGUUGCAAAGUGCAGAACAUAUAAAAAUGUAUUUAUAAGUACAUUGAGAAAUAGGUUUAAAAUAAAUAUAUGCAAAAAUGGUUUCUUAACUAUUUAUUACACUCUAUUGUAUAAUUUAUGUAUGUAAUCUUUAUGUACACUCAGUAGCAAAUGUAAAAACUUGUAAAGUGCCUUGAUCAAAGAUGGCGACUCUUAUUCAAUGUCUUUAAUCAGUACUGUUAUACCAGGAAUUUACAAAUAGUCUAACCAGAUUACAUUGAUGAACAAGGCACUAAAUUCCUUUCAAAAGACUAACAUUCUGUAUAUACAGAGUUAGUUUACAAUUUAAUUAUAGUUUCAUAGAUUUAAAUUUCUUAACUUUAAAUGUUCUACCCAUUGUGUGGUAUUAAGUCUGCUAUUGAAUUAACGUGAGUCCUAAAUACUCUUUACAAAAGUAGCAAAACAGUGUAUCAUUUAAAUGCAAUAUUCGUCACACGCUUACAAAAUGUUUUAAGUCUUGGUAAUUUACCUGCAGUACAUUAUUUUGUACACAAAUGCAAAAUGUUAAAAAAUUUGCCAAGCUAUAAUUUCAACAAUGGGGAAACUUAUAAUUAGUAGCCAGAUUUUACUAAUAGGAACAAAUAAUUGAAUAUUUUACUGUACAAUAAUUACAAAAAUAGCAUGUAAUAAUAUAAUGAAUUUAACCAGAUAACAUGCUAUUAUUGCCAAUAACACUGAUAUAGUUAAAAUCUCAAAGCACCAAACAAUUUAACUCCAAAUAAAUAAUGUAUUACAAUCUAAGAGAGUGCCUUCAAACCUAAGCUAUAAAUAAAUUGAAAAGUAUUAACAGUGUUUGUAAUUACAACUGUUACAAUUCAUCAAUUCAUUCCUAAUGGCAAACUUAAGUUAUGAUGCUGUGGAUUAUUGUGUCAGUGGACAUAAAAUCCAGUUGAACAAAGCUGGAUGCUAAUAAUAAUAUAGACUGAAAAAAUGAUUAUUUAUUUAUAUUAUAUAUAUAUAUUAGACAAGAAUUGCUAUUAACCUCCUAACUUAGGUUUUAGGGCACCAAUACUCUGAAUCUAACUUAAAGUUACAUGUUCAUAAUUAUGUAUAUGAAAAACAAGGAAAUAAAUUAUAUAUUUGAUUUAGUUAUAAGCAUUUUAAUGAUUGUACAAAGAAAAAUA